AUGAUGGAAUUCCGCACUCCAAAAUACAUUUGUUUAAAAAAAAUAGAACCUCCAGUAAUUAGAUAUCAACCUCGUACUUUGUUUGUUAAAGUUUAACAUUUAUUACAAACAAAAGACAGCGUUGAUACAUCAUUGACUUUGAGUUAAACAGAUGCAAAGAUGUAGUCUUAAUAAUCAGAAAUAAGCAAUCUUAGCACAUUUUAUUAAAGUUGUGAUUAGGCAAAAGAGAACAAAGAAUAACCAAUUAUUGAUGUGGUACUAAAAAAAACAAAUUCUUUUCAUCUUAAUUCAAAGAUGAGAAGUAAUAAUAAGAUUUCAAGAGUCUCAAAGAAUUAAUUGAUGGAUGUACUCUAAGAAAUAACAUCACCUACUUAGACAAGGCGUAAAUAGGUAAUUAUUAUAAUUGUUAUAAGGUUGUAAACAGGGAAUGGGAGUAUUCUUAUAGAAAAUAAUAAGGUAAUAGCACAUUUUUCUAAUCAAUUGAUAUAUCUAACGAUUAGGCUACAGCUUUACCAAAAUCUAGAAGUUUUAGCAUGAGACAAUCAAUAUAAUAAAAAUCAGCACAAUAAAAAUCAUAACAAUUAAAAGAAAUGAUUGAUCAAGCAAUCUAAAAUACAAAAAAUUUUGAUGAAUAUUUAAUAAGCCUUGUGAGUAGAUGA